GGUUUUCAGGUUGGGAAGAUGGCAGAUUCUUGGCAGCUUGUUAUAGUAAAGCUGCAUGUAUCACCACCGCCUAUUACAGUAUAGCUAGGUGUACCACCACGCUGAAUACGUUUACAUGGCAUUCUCUAACCUAUCAAUGUGUAGAAUUUCUGAGCGUGGAACAGAAAAGCACUGUCGCCAGUGCGUGACAAGGUUCAAGAGUGCGCAUGUGCUGUUUCCUGAUGCUUCUUUACCUUUUGUUAUCUGCUUGUCAUAGGAUAACAUAGUUGACUCUCUAACUGACCAGGCAGCAGUAGGACAGUAUGUACGAUAUGGGAUACACGCCGUGAAUGGCAGGAUGGAAAACUCUUGUCACUUUCAAAGGCGUCUGAAGGUCUUCGUUGCAGUGCUUGCUCUAAGCACGUGUAUUCUCGUGUUGACGACUACACAAAUCAUGGACAAAACGUGGUAUACUGGAGCAGUAACCACGGCUAAGCACUUCAUAAGACAUAGUACCCAACCGCUCUCCCAAAAACUACACCCAGACUUUGUCCAAACGUUAUCGUCAUCUUCUCUCGUCGACAGUGUUGCCACAAAUCAUCCACUGGACAACUCAGAUUUUGAAAGGAAAUGUCAAGCACAUCGCCAUAUUGGAUUCAUAAAGGUUCACAAAGCUGGGAGCAGCAGUGUGACAAAUAUUCUGUAUCGAUUCGGAAUGGCUAACAACCUUACGUUUGUACUUCCUCGACGUGAUGUGACGGUUACAUCGAUGCAAACUUCAAACUGGAGAAACAUACUUCCUCCUCCUCGCGGUAAACAGUUCGACAUUCUCUGUAAUCAUGCCGUAUACGUCAGAGCAGAAUUGACAAAACUACUUCCGGCGGACACGUUUUACAUUGCAAUUAUAAGACAGCCGUUUAGUCAUCUAACAUCAACUAUUUAUUACAGUUAUAAAAACCAAAUUCCUGGCCCACGAAAAGUCAAAACGUAUCUGAAGAAUCCAUAUUAUUAUUCAAAUGUUGUAUUCAGAAGCUACACAACUAGAUCUUACACAAACAACUCCAUGUCUUAUGAACUUGGGCUCCCAUCGAAUCAUUUCGGUGACAAAGGUAAAAUACAGACGUUUCUGAAGGCGGUGGAUGCUGAUUUUGGCUUGAUUCUGCUCAUGGAAUUAAUGGAUGAGUCGUUGGUUCUCCUCAGAAGAUAUCUGUGUUUGGAGUUUAAAGACAUUCUGUACAUCCCCAGGAACAAAAAUAACCUGAAACCACCGACAGGGAACAUAUCCGCCAGCCUCAGACAAAAGCACGUGGAGACAGACAUGGCUGAUUACAUGCUAUACGACUUCUUUUCCAAGAAGCUUCAAAAUCGGAUGACCGCAGCAGGGAAGGACUUUAUGCAAGAAGUGCGCGUGUUCAAGUCUGUCCUCACACAACUGAGGCAGUUCUGUUCUGGUCUCCACUCGCCAGAAGUGUCACAGUUGCACGUGACUAGCAAUCCGUGGAGCCGAAGCUUUAACAUUUCUCUCGACGAUUGCAAACUGUACUUGUUCGAUGGGAUUGAGAUUCUGAACUAUGUGAAACAUUACCAAUAUCCUGAUAGGUUUUAG